GGGCGUCACAGCUGACGCUGAGCGCACAUGUGAUUUUGACACAGUAUACGCAAGACGGGCUUAACGAUCUCGCGGUCCCGCGCGAACGGUUAGAAUUUUCCGGGAUGCAAAAGGCGAAGAAGAAAGGCAAAUCGCAGCAACCCCCCUCGUCCGUCGCCGACCGCGCGGAAUCGCCGACGGACGAGGAGGCGAUGGGCAAGGACUUCGGCACCCUCAUAAACGCGCCGCUCUCGAAAGGCGGGCACUUCGUCUUCAAGUCAGAGAAAGCCUGGACCGUCGAUUCGUCGCAGUACUCGGAGUUCUUCACCCUGAACCUGAAGGCGCUAUCGGCCGCGAUCGCAUGCGUUCCAUUCGACGAGUACGUCGACGUGGCUGACAGGUAUUUUGUAAGCGACCAGCUGACGAGUAUCUACAACGAUGCCGAGAGAGGCAAGGCGGCUUACAGCGCGAUUGUGGAGGAUCUAAAGGCAUCGAGUUUAAUCAAAAGUGGAUCUAACGAGAACGCGAGGAUCGACCAGUCGAAGGAUGUGGAGUCGACGACAAACGCGAAAGCAGAAGGCCGUAUCGAUGACUUGGAGGAAGAUCUAGAUUUCUUAUUGUCUCUGCAGGAACCCGUUCAGAGCACCGUGAUAGGAAUCGCACAGCCCGUGUCGCUAUCUACGUCUCAUAAUAGUGAUUCCAAAACGAAAUCAAAGAGUGUUCCGAAUAAGCCCAUUGACUUAGAAAAAUGGCUAGAUUCUGUUUUAGACGAUUAAUAUACUUUUUUUUUUUACAAUAGUACAUUAGAGUAUACAGAAGUAAAAACUAUUAAAACUGAGAGCAAGAAAAAGAAACAGAGUAUGUAAGAUUGUUAAAAAGAAUGUUUAAUUGAAAGGUGUGAGGAAUUUUCAUGAUUAUAAAAUUAUAUGAA